GUCCAUAUUAUAAACAUUCUCUGACAGCACAGCAGGAUCCUGCAGCACCUUUUCUAUCACCUCAAAUCACUCUGAGAUCUUAGGAUACAUCAUAGCGACAUGCUCCAUUCCAAGAAAUUCCUCCACCCACAAUGUCUCCCAUCCCACCCGCCGGCUUCGUCCUCGUCGCAGGCGCAAACUGCUACCUCGCCAGCAUCGCAAUGCAGCACCUCCUCGCCACCUGUUACCGCGUUCGAGGCUCUAUCCGCGACCCUGCAAAACACCGGUGGAUGCUAUCCAACUACAGGCCAGCCUUCGAGCUGGUCGCCAUACCCGACAUCUCGCUGCCUGGUGCCAUCGAUCACGCUGGACAAGACGCAAACGGCGGCGCGCACAUCGCAUCGUCGACGGCGAUGAAGGCCUAUACGAAGGAAGUCAUCGUCCUAGAGAUCAAGGGCUUGAUGAAUUUGCUUGAAGCUGCGUCGAUGGAGAAGAAUUUGACAAGAAUCACGUACAGAAGCAGCCAGACCGCACGCGUGAAGCACGUCCCUAGCAGGAAGUACUACAUUGACAAGAAUCCACUCAAUGAAGACGCGCGGCAGGCGUAA